AUGGCAUCAACAUCAACAUCGACCUCCAAAUCCAGCACUACGCUCAAAGCCUCAACAGCGUCAACCCUCCAUCUCAGCGCCAACUUCGCAGGCGCGCAUUCCAAGUCCCAUGCGGGGAACUCCAAUGCCGUGGGAUACGACCAUGAGAUCUACCUUCAGUUGACGGCGGGGGAGAAAGCGAAAGAGAAGACGCCGAACCAGGUAUACCGAGAGGAGCGAGCCCGAAGACGCACGACGAGGGCGUUGGAUCCAGCUAUUUUAGAACCUCAGGGCGAUCCGAGUCCGAUUGACUUUGAAUGCGCGGAGGUUCAAUCGAAGCGAGACUGGUAG